GAGACAGGGAAAGGGAGAGGACCAGAGAAAAAGAGAAACGGAGAUUGAGUUUAAAGCUGGGACAGGGUCUGGGCUUGGAAUAGGAAUGGGGCCUAGGAGAGGAAAAAGGAGCGGAUCUAAACCUAGUCUUACCGGAGGAUCGAUCAGGUGAUCUUUUAUGCAGUAUCUGGACAUGCAAACGGCAAGCCAAUGCUUUCCAUAGCAAAACCAUCUCUGCACUGCUUCUCUCAGGUCCCUAAGUGUUCAGGGGAGCAAGAGACUCCCCACAGCCUCCUCCUUUUCCCCCAGGACCAGGACGGUCCGCAGAAGCACCCGCUUCCCAGCCAGGCGUUUGGAGCGGAGGCUUGGGAGCGAAGGCAGUGCCUUGAGUGGCAGGCAGCAGGAUUCGCCAGGGACCACGGAGGGCGCCGCCACCUCAUCUAAGCCAGGCUCGCUGUCCCUGGGCAGAGCCCCGGAAAGCGUCCAGCGAUCAGCCUCAAUCCGCACCUCCGUCCCAUCUGUCCCCCAGCCCCCGCCAAUGCUAAACCGCGGACGAUCUGAUUAUCAUAAUGUGACAACCGACCGGUCCUGGUGGGUUAUGUGGUGUGCCGGGCUUCCUUACUGCGCCUCCCUCAGUUGCUGAGGGGGACAAGCGUUUCUGGGAAAGCUACUGAAGGAAUACUACUAAUCCUAAUGACAAUGUUCCCUGCGCAGGUAACUCUUAAAGAACUGAAUGUGGGGAGAUCCGGGUAGGAUUUCCGAAGCGCUGCUCUCUGGAUUCUCAUUGGAUCGUCCGCAGCAACCUAAAUCAUUCCUGCUGCUCUAUCCAUCAGGAUGACUCCAGCCUUGCUCACUACUUCUCGCUUUAUCUCCUUGCCUUCAACGCAUCGGUUUACUUCUCUGGGCACAUUUGUCUGUAGUAUGCAUCGUGUUCUCUGGGGUGACACAGUUUCCGUCUUUCCCCACUGUGUGGGAACAUACAGUCUGUAAAUUUGUUUCUCCUGAGGAUCCACAUAACUAAGAGCACCCCACCACCACCACCACCGCCACUGCCACCUCCCCUAAUUUAAAAAAAAAAAAAAAAAGAACACCUCUUCUACAUUUCACUUCUUUUCCUCCCUGGUUGCUGGCUCUCUGUGGAACUGGUUUCCACUUGGUUACUUACAGCCAGGAACUAGUGAUUUUUUUUUUAUUUUUUUAUUUUUUCAAACUCUCACCACCCUGCAGUUCACUGAUCUACCUUGAUUUGGAAAACCAUGGGAUGUAUGCUUGACUCCUGGAGAUAUUUCUCUCACAGUCAUCCUGCUUCCUGAAAUUUCCUCUGGUGUUGAGGGAAAGCUAAAAGAAUGACGGCUCUAAACGCCCAGAGGAAGCAUGAUAUGGCGGAGCAGAGCUGGUGCUGAAUUGUUCUCUCUGAUGGCUCUAUGGGAGUGGAUAGCCCUGAGUCUUCAUUGCUGGGUUUUAGCGGUUGCUGCUGUCUCUGAUCAGCAUGCCACAAGCCCUUUCGACUGGCUUCUCUCUGACAAGGGACCCUUUCAUCGCUCACAAGAAUACACAGAUUUUGUGGACAGAAGCCGUCAGGGAUUUAGCACAAGAUACAAGAUAUACAGGGAAUUUGGCCGUUGGAAAGUAAAUAACCUUGCAGUUGAGAGAAGAAAUUUCCUUGGAUCUCCUCUGCCUCUUGCCCCUGAAUUCUUCCGAAAUAUAAGGCUCUUGGGACGUCGACCUACCCUUCAGCAAAUCACAGAAAACCUUAUCAAGAAAUAUGGGACUCAUUUCCUGCUAUCUGCUACUCUGGGAGGAGAGGAGUCACUCACAAUUUUUGUGGACAAGCGGAAGCUGAGCAAAAGAUCUGAAGGAAGUGAUUCCAGCACCAACAGUUCCUCUGUCACUCUAGAAACUCUACACCAACUUGCAGCUUCCUAUUUCAUUGACAGGGACAGCACCCUCCGGAGACUGCACCACAUUCAAAUUGCCUCCACUGCCAUAAAGGUGACAGAAACACGGACAGGUCCUCUUGGCUGCAGUAACUAUGACAACCUAGACUCCGUCAGUUCUGUUCUGGUUCAGAGUCCUGAGAAUAAGAUUCAGUUGCAAGGACUACAGGUGCUCCUACCAGACUAUCUUCAGGAACGCUUUGUCCAGGCAGCCUUGAGCUACAUUGCUUGUAAUUCAGAAGGAGCAUUUAUCUGCAAGGACAAUGAUUGCUGGUGCCACUGUGCCCCCAAGUUUCCAGAAUGCAACUGUCCCUCCAUGGACAUACAAGCCAUGGAAGAGAACCUUCUUCGAAUAACAGAAUCAUGGAAGGUCUACAACCUUGACUUUGAGGAUUCAGAUGAAUUCAAGUUCUUCAUGAAAAGGCUACCCAUGAAUUAUUUCCUCAACACUUCAACAAUAAUGCAUUUGUGGACAAUGGAUUCUAAUUUUCAGCGCCGCUAUGAACUACUGGAGAACAGCAUGAAGCAGCUUUUCCUCAAGGCUCAGAGGAUUGUCCACAAGCUCUUUAGCCUUAGUAAGAGGUGCCACAAGCAGCCCCUCAUCAGCCUGCCUCGACAAAGAACCUCAUCGUACUGGCUGUCCCGCGUCCAGUCUUUCCUGUACUGCAACGAGAACGGGCUCCUGGGCAGUUUCUCGGAGGAGACACACUCGUGCACGUGCCCCAACGACCAGGUGGUGUGCGCCGCAGUGCUGCCCUGCGCCGUGGGCGACGCCGCCGCCUGCCUGACCUGCGCGCCCGACAACCGCACCCGCUGCGGCGCCUGCAACACCGGCUACAUGCUGAGCCAGGGGCUGUGCAAACCCGAGGUCGCCGAGUCCACCGAUCAUUACAUCGGCUUUGAGACCGACCUGCAGGACCUGGAGAUGAAGUACCUGCUACAGAAGACCGACCGCAGGAUCGAAGUGCACGCCAUCUUCAUCAGCAACGACAUGCGCCUCAACAGCUGGUUCGACCCCUCGUGGCGGAAGCGCAUGCUGCUGACCUUGAAGAGUAACAAGUACAAGUCGAGUCUGGUGCACAUGAUCUUGGGCCUGUCCUUGCAGAUCUGCCUAACUAAGAACAGCACCCUGGAGCCCGUGCUGGCCGUGUACGUGAACCCCUUCGGAGGCAGCCACUCGGAGAGCUGGUUCAUGCCGGUGAGUGAGAGCAGCUUCCCCGACUGGGAGCGGACUCGGCUGGACCUCCCCCUGCAGUGCUACAACUGGACCCUGACUCUGGGCAACAAGUGGAAGACGUUCUUCGAGACCGUCCACAUCUACCUGAGAAGCCGCAUCAAGUCCAGCGGCCCCAACGGCAAUGACAGCAUUUACUACGAGCCUUUGGAGUUCAUGGACCCAUCCCGGAACCUGGGCUACAUGAAGAUUAACAACAUCCAAGUGUUUGGCUACAGCAUGCACUUUGACCCUGAAGCCAUCCGGGACCUGAUUUUGCAGCUGGACUACCCUUACACUCAGGGAUCCCAGGACUCGGCGCUUUUGCAGCUGCUCGAGAUCAGAGACCGUGUAAAUAAACUGUCCCCGCCAGGCCAGCGCCGUCUGGAUCUGUUCUCGUGCUUGCUUCGUCACAGACUCAAGCUGUCUACCAGUGAGGUGGUCAGAAUCCAAUCUGCUUUGCAGGCGUUUCAUGCCAAAUUGCCAAACACGGUGGAUUAUGACACGACCAAAUUAUGUAGUUAACCAUACAUGUCAAGCACAACCCAAAAUCUUGAAGGAGUUUUUACAGUGCUUUUGUGGAGCAGUUUAUGUUUGGAAGAGUAAAUUUAAAUUGUCUUUUCAAUAUCUGUCUUAUAUCAGUCAAUAACGUUGGAUGGCAACUUACACUCAUGAACUUGAUGACAAUGAAUAUAUUAUACCACAGUUUUGGUUGAUGAAUGAAAUAAAUACUGACACCAGUCUAGAAGACAUUCUACUUUUUACAAUAAAUUUCAUUUGUAAUUUUAUAUGUUCCGUGGCAAUGCUUUUGUGCGUUACAACCUCUAGAGGGAACAUACAAUAAUGCCAAUAAAAUUUUGUAGCUGAACAGUUA